CAAGCCCUAAAAUGUGCCUUGCAAUGGCGAGAGGAGCUCCGCUAUGGCGCGCGGCGACGGCGAUUUGUAGGGGCCGAUCGGUGCGUGGAUUGCCUAGAAUCACUGCAAUCGGUGCGAAAUCUUUCUCUGUCGAUGCUUCCUCGCGCACCGAUCUCAUCAAGACGCUGCGCGAGCGGACCGGGGCGCCGAUCAAGGAUGUCAAGGAAGUGCUGGUGAAAUGUGAAUGGAACGAAGAGAAUGCGUUUACUGAGCUGAGGAAGAAGGGCCUUGCUGCCGCGACGAAGAAAUCUUCUCGUGUGGCUGCGGAAGGAUUGCUUGGACUGGCACACUUCGAGAAAGGUGCCGCGGUCAUAGAGAUUAACAGCGAAACUGACUUUGUUGCUCGAAACGAUCUCUUCCAGAGCCUUGUGCUGUCAGUCGCAAAAGCGGCAUCCACAUUGAAAGCUGUCCAACAAUUUUCUUCUAAACCAGCUGCUCUUGAUUUGCACGAUUUAGAGCUUGUAAAUGUGAAGCUGGAUCACGCAUCAAUCACCAGAGAGCUUCGUGUACGCGACGCAGUCUCGGAAGUUGCCGCUAUCACUGGAGAAAAUGUGAGACUUCGAAGAGCUUUCUAUAUAUCUUCGCAACGAGGGAUCGUGUCCUCGUAUUUGCACAUGAGUCCGGCAUCAGGUUUAUCUCGGCUCGCGGGGCUCGUUUCGCUCGAGGUUGAACAUGAUCAAGAAGGCUCGCAUUCGGAAACACUGAAAAGCUUGGGCUCGUCUCUUGCAAUGCAUGUUGUUGCUGCAAGGCCGCUGUUUUUGUCUAAGGAACUCGUGGACUCUGAAGUACUGGAGCAUGAGCGGAACAUCUGCAAAGCACAGGCCUCGACUGCUGGAAAGCCAGAGAACGUCGUCCAGAAGAUGGUCGAAGGCAGGCUUGCCAAAUACAUGGAAGAGGUUGUUCUUCUGGAGCAGAAGUACGUUGCAGACGAAACGAAACGGAUCAACGUUCUGCUAAAAGAGACGUCCAAAGAAAUCGGGAAGACGGCCAAGAUCGAGGGAUUCCUACGAAUAGAAGUCGGGGAGGGGAUCGAAAAGCUUGAAAAGGACUUUGCUGCCGAGGUUGCUGCUGCAGCACGAUGACAGGUUCGAUAUUCAAAACAAGUAGGUGGUUUUAUUCGAAUCAAAUCAUUAUCUCGAGGACAAGACGCAAUGAAAUAACGAAUUGGAAGGUACUUCUUUCUCGCUGGAGUUAACUGACUUAGUUCUUGGUGCAGUGAGCCUUGCUCCAUUUCCAGCCAUACGGACAGCGAUGGCAAUCGUUGUUAUACCAAUACCAGUCACUGGGGCAGCUCACACACUUGCUUCCACUCCACUUCCAUCCGGACGGGCAUUGGUGGCACUUGUUGUUGUACCAGUACCAGUUGCUCGGGCAGCUCACGCAUUUGCUUCCACUCCACUUCCAACCGGAGAGGCAUCUGUGGCAAUCGUUGCUAUACCAGUACCAGCCUUUGGGACACUGGAUGCACUUGUGGCCGUCCCAGUUCCAUCCAGAUUUGCAUUUCUGCUGGGCUGCUGCGCUUGCGAUGCCACCAACGUCCACUCCAACCAGGAGGACUGUCACAACCAUGGCCAGAAGCAUCAGCUGGGACUUGCUCGCCAUCUUGGUAGAAGAAACUUUCGAAGUGUAGUGAGAUCUCUCUCUCUCUCUCUCUCUCUCUCUCGCAAAACUUGCUGCUGUGUGGUGGAUUAGAAGUGGAGGCAAUUUAUAGGAUGGAGGAAGUGGAGACCAAGUCCAGCGAGAUUGCUACAGCGUCACUCGGUUCUGACUAUUUAGCCAGCAUGUUAUGCUUGACAUAGUCGUUAGACGUAAUGUAUCCAAUUAUCACAGAAAUGGUAUAAAUUUGACGGCA